CUUAUUCCUUGUCUAAAUCUAAACAGAACAGGAUUUGGCUUCUACUACAAUACAAUAUACCACACCAAACAGUACAAGAACAAAAAAAUGGUGAACAUCCACAUCUACCGUUCAUACACAGUAACACCUUCAGAGAAAACACCAACCACCACACUCUCUCUUUCCCUCUGUGAUCAACUCAAGCUCCCUAAUCAUGGAUACCAACUUUACCUCUUCACAAACAAAAACCAUUCAUCUUCAUCACUCAUCUCUUCAACAAACAUUCUCAUAACCUCUCUCUCCAAAACACUCACUCACUACUAUCCCUUUGCAGGUAGAUUAAGCUGGAUCAAACCACAAAACCACUUACUACAACUUCAUUGCAACAACAAAGGUGUUCAAUUCUUAGAAGCCACGUGUGAUAUCACUUUAAAAGAUUUUGGUAGUUUUGAUUCUACACAUGUUGUCCAAAAACUUGUUCCAAAGAUUAACUAUGAUGUUCCAGUUGAAGAUCUUCCUUUAUUGGUUGUUCAGUUCACCAAGUUUCCUUGUGGGUCACUCACUCUUGGUCUUUCUAUGGGUCGUUCUGUUCUUGAUGGUUCUUCUGCUGGUAGUUUCAUUAGCUCAUGGGCUAAACUUGCCAAAGGUGAGAGUUUAGAUUCAAGUUUGAUACCAUUUCUAGAUAAAACAUUGUUGGAUUCAAAAAUCCUUCAUUUACCACCACGUUUUCAUCAUCAUGAGUUUUCUCCACCACCCCUUUGGGAAAAUAGUAGUAAUAACUCAACACAUUUGAGUAAAAACCCACUCUUUGCCACUACCAUGUUGAAAUUCACCAAAAAACAAGUUGAAAAACUUAAGAACAAAGCCAAUAACAAUGAAAACAAGGUACGAGGUUAUACUAGUUUUGAGGUUAUUAGUGGUUACUUAUGGAGGUGUGUUAGUAAAGUGCGUUUUGAAGGAAAUUGGAACCAACCAACAAGGUUAACAACUUUGGUUAAUUGUAGAAAUAGGUUGAAUCCACCUUUGCCUAUGAAUUAUUUUGGGAAUGCAACUUUUCCUACAGUGACACAAACUUGUUCAUUUGAUGAUGUUGUGAACAAGCCUUUUUGUUCUGUGGUUGGGAAAGUGAGGGAAGCUGUUAAAAAGGUGAAUGAUGAGUAUGUAAGAUCAGUUCUUGAUUAUGUAGCAAAUCAGAAAGAUAUGAAUUUGUUAAGGGACAAGUUUUAUAAUUUUGCUAAAAGAAAUGGACAAUUUGGUGGUGAACCGAAUUUGUAUGUUGUUGGUUGGACUAAUUUUCCGUUUAAUGAGUCCGAUUUUGGGUGGGGGAAACCUGAUUGUAUGGUUCCUGGUAUUGUUAAUUCCGAUGGUAUUGGUAAGGCUUAUAUUCUUGAUGAAGCUAAUGGUGAUGGUUUUGUUGUAAGUGUUUGUUUGCAACCUUUCCAUAUAGAUGCCUUGAAGAAGUUGUUUUAUGAGGAUAUGGAGAUGAUCACUAGUUCCAAAUUGUGAUGACUGAUGAUAGUGUCAAAACCUUGGAUUUUGAUAACCCUUCUGUUAGAUAAAGGUUCAAUUUUGUGAUUAGAUUUAGGGGGCUGUUUAGUUUUUUGUUUGGGAAUGUUUUGCAUGCUGUAUUAAUUUUUCUUUAGAGGAUUUUGUUCAUUUGACAUUGAACUUUCUGUGCUGAUUGUGCUUUGGUGCACUUGUAAAACACAUCUUGUGCUUCUUGUGUUGUUUCUUUUCAUAUAAUAAAAUUGGUUAGCAUA